UGUUAGUAACUUGUACUAAAAUUUAAAGCUUCGCCAAUUAUUCCUAUUAUUUUAGUAAGAAAUUAGGUAAAAUAAUAUACAAGUAGUUAAAAAAUUUGUUUAGAUAUUAGUGACUUCAAAAUAACUAAGGAAAACAGUGAUUUAAAUUUCAUAUUCACCUAUUAAAAUGUAUGACGACAGACGUGGUGGGCGUGGAGGAGGUCGUGGAAUGAGCCGCGGCCGUGGUGGCGGCCGGGGAGGGUCUCGCGGUGGCCGUUCUAGCGAUAGAUCAGAGGAGAGAGGCAGCCGCUUCGGGUCCAGUGUGCGCGGCCGCGACGGGGGCAGGGGAGGUAGAGGAUUCGGAGGCCGCGGUGGUGGUCGAGAAGAUUUCAGGAACUUUAAAAACGAUCAACCCGGUGGCAACUUACGGAAAAUACGUUGGGAGUCAAUUACACUGACACCAUUCCAGAAAAACUUCUAUGUUCCCCAUCCGAACGUGCAGAGGCGAUCGCCUGCUGAAAUCGAGGCAUAUCGCAGUGAGAAUCAGAUUACGGUGAAAGGUAGGGAUGUGCCAGCACCCAGUAUGUACUUUGAAGAAGGUGGUUUUCCAGAUUAUGCUAUGAAAGAGAUUUUAAAGCAAGGCUUCCCGCAUCCAACUCCUAUCCAGGCUCAAGGUUGGCCUAUAGCAUUGUCUGGACGGGAUCUGGUGGGAAUUGCUCAGACAGGGUCGGGAAAAACAUUAGCGUACAUUUUGCCAGCCAUAGUGCAUAUUAUCAAUCAGCCGAGGCUACUGAGAGAUGAAGGGCCCAUUGUGUUAGUGCUGGCUCCAACCAGGGAGCUUGCACAACAAAUUCAACAGGCUCUGAUUGCAAUGAACGGGACCGCAGCAGACAUGACGGAUCCCAACGACUGCGACAUAGUGGCAACAGAUUUUGGUCAGAAUGUUCAAGUUAGGAACACUUGUAUCUUUGGUGGUGCCCCUAAAGGGCCGCAGGGACGGUCUUUGGAGCGCGGUGUUGAAAUUGUUAUUGCUACACCAGGAAGACUGAUUGACUUCUUGGAAAAAGAUACGACGAACUUACGUCGUUGCACAUACCUUGUGUUGGAUGAAGCGGAUAGGAUGCUGGACAUGGGCUUUGAGCCACAGAUCAGGAAGAUCAUUGAGCAAAUUCGACCUGACAGACAGGUACUAAUGUGGUCAGCGACAUGGCCCAAAGAAGUGCAGAAUCUAGCCGAGGAGUUUCUACAUGACUACAUCCAGAUCAACAUUGGCUCGCUGUCCCUCUCCGCCAAUCAUAACAUCCUGCAAAUAGUUGAUGUGUGCGAGGAAUGGGAGAAAAAUGAGAAGUUAUUGACGCUGCUCAACGAAAUAUCCUCCGAAGAGGAGACCAAGACUAUUAUAUUUGCAGAGACAAAGCGAAAGGUGGAUGAUAUAACAAAAACAAUAAACCGAGCCGGAUGGCGAGCGCUAGCUAUCCACGGGGACAAGAACCAGCAGGACCGGGACUACGUACUCAGUCAAUUCCGUAUGUCUACAGGCGGAAUUCUGGUCGCCACGGACGUCGCCGCUAGAGGUCUAGAUGUGGAAGACGUCAAGUUUGUAAUAAACUAUGACUAUCCGAAUAACUCUGAGGACUACGUGCACCGCAUCGGUCGUACUGGUCGCUCUCAGAAUACAGGCACCGCUUACACACUCUUCACACCAUCAAACUCCGCUAAGGCGAAGGAUCUGAUGUGUGUGCUGCAGGAGGCCAACCAAGUGGUCAAUCCUCGUCUACUGGAGCUGGCGCAGUGCGGUAUGGGCUUCAAAGGGAAAUAUGGUCGUAACCGUUUCCGUGAUCGUGAUGACAAUGACCGUGGUCGCUCUGAUCGCGGCAGGGGACGAGGUCGCGGCGGCAGGUUCGGGGACAGAGGUUCCCGUUGGGAUGAGAACAGUUCAAAUAAUUAUAACCAGGGAACUAGUUUCUCCCGGCAAGAGGGAUACAAUACACGUCAGUCUGAUUCAAGACAGUUCGCCAACCGGGAAGGUGGUGGGUUCAACCGAGAAGGAGGUGGUUUCAACCGAGAAGGAGGUGGGUCCUUCAGGGGCCGUGGAGGUGGUAGGGGCAGGGGCCGCGGGUUCAACCAUGGAGAUCAAAGUUAUCAGAAUCAAAACUUUAGCGUUCCUCCGCCAACUUCAUAUUAUAAUAUGUAUUCACAACCACCGCCAACCUCUAAAUAAAUUUAUUUUAUCUAUUUUAUUUAGAACCCAUAUUAAAAGUUUCAGCAGUCGAAUAUAAAGGUGAGUUUACAUUGACGUAACUAUUGUAUAACAACAUUGUCUUUGAAAAAUAGUAUAAGUUGGUAUAAAAGUGCAUCCGUAGUAAAAUUUCAUUUU